UGAUCGGGUUGUUUACUUUGUGAGCAAACUCCGUUCAGAUCGGGAAUCAGGGAGAUUCUGACAUCGAUCGCUAUCUUCGUCCGUUCAAUGGGGCUCAGGUGGCAUCAAGAUCUACUUCAGUCCUCAAGACCUGUCAUAAGCCAGCGUACUUUCGGCUUCUCACAGCGCGAUUCCUCAGCCUCUUGAUCUUCCAUCAACAUUCGGUUCUUACCAUUCGCGGAUCCGACUUGCUCAAACAUGACCGACGCCGGACCUGACUAUCGCCCGUUCCUCGCGGCUCUGCCGAAAUGCGAGCACCAUCUCCAUAUCGAAGGAUCUCUAUCCCCUAGCCUCUUGUUCUCGCUGUCAGCACGUAACGCCAUCGCUCUACCCUCAGCGAUCUCGGAUAUCGCCUAUGCCAAUGUUGCUGCUCUCGAAGCUCGUUACAAAGCGUUCACUUCGUUAGACGAUUUCCUGGCAUAUUAUGAUCGCGCCAGUCGGGUCCUGAUCAAGCGAGAGGACUUUGCCGAUCUGUCAUAUGCCUACAUGCAAAAGGCCAGCGAGGACGGGAUCGCGCAUACCGAGAUUAGUUUCGAUCUACAGACGCAUACCCAGCGCGGGAUUGCUGUAGAGACGGUCGUCAAGGGCUUAAACGAUGGGUUGAAGAAGGGAGAAAAGGAAUUUGGAAUCACCUUCAGGGUUAUCAUGUGCAUCCUUCGUCACGAGUCGGUGCAGUCAUGUGUGGACCACGUCGACCUAGCCCUGCCAUACUACCAAUCGGGAGUUAUACACGGGCUAGGAAUGUGCAGCACGGAAAAGGAUCAGCAUCCCAAAAAGUUUCUCCCAGUCUAUCAACGAGCCAAGGAAGUGGGAAUCGAGUUCCUCACUGCUCAUGCUGGCGAAGAGGGUCCCGCCGAGUACGUGCGGUCCGCUCUUGAGGAUUUGGGAGUUACCAGGAUCGAUCAUGGAGUGCGGAGCGUAGAGGACGAGCACGUCUUGGCGAUGCUCAGGGAGCGGAAGACGAUGCUCACAGUCUGUCCUCUGAGCAAUGUCGCCCUCCGAGUGGUCAAGCACCUAAGCGAAGUUCCCUUGCGAAAGCUACUUGACGCUGGAAUCAGGUUCUCCUUAAAUUCGGACGACCCGGCGUAUUUCGGAGGUUAUCUGCUGGAGAAUUACUACCAAGUACACGACAACUUCAACUUCAACCGGACCACCUGGGCUCUGAUCUGCCGGAACGGUAUCGAGGGAAGCUGGAUCUCAGAGGCUAGGAAGCAGGAACUGAUAUCGCAAUUGGGUCGGGUGACGGAGGAGUUUGCCACUUUGCCUUGAUGGGUUAUGCUUUUGCAAAACGCGAAGCUUUGGGGAUUUUGAAUUAUUGUUACAACAUGAAAUCUAGUA